GCGAGAUCGGCGGCCGCGCUAGCAGCGGUUUCCUCGAUCAUCACCAUCCGGAGUUCGCGAUUCGUAGAUCGAUCGAUGAUCAUCAUGGCGAGACACACGCCUCUUCAACUUCUAAUACUAUUUGCCUUCGUGAUCGUCAUCGGUCAGUCACGAACAGUUCCAAAUACCAACGACACCAAUAUUUAUAACAAGGAUGAGACUCAAUUCAGGAAACCGUUCUUUUUGGAAGAAACAUACUUUCGUGUCUUUUCUUCGUUCACCUUCAAUGGCUCGUGGAUUUCUGACGACGAAAUUAUAGUUGGAGACGAAAUUACAGGCGAUAUUACUAUUACUGAUGUAAAAUCAGGAGAAACGAGACACAUUUUUAAUGGAACAGAUUUACCACUGUCAUACAAAUUCAGUACAGCAACUAUUUCAGCCGACAAGCAGUAUAUUCUCAUUAGUUACAAUUCUAUACAAGUGUUCAGAUACUCGACCCUCAAAAAUUAUGUGGUGUAUGACAUUCAGAACGGUGCAUUUGAAGAGAUCGCGAAUGAAUCUUUUAUCUCGUUGGCGUUAUGGUCGCCUAUUGGCAGUGACUUGGUUUAUGUUCUCGAUAACGAUAUUUAUCAUAUGACUUUCAAUCGUAGCCAGAAUGUAGUGCGAAGAUUGACAACGAGCGGCGAAGCCAACAUAGUUUACAAUGGAAUUACGGAUUGGGUAUACGAAGAGGAAGUAUUUCGAUCUGCGACUGCAGUGUGGUUUUCACCGGAUGGCCAAUACUUGGCCUUUGCAACUUUCAACGAUACUGUAGUAAAGGACAUGGCAUAUUUUCAUUACGGCACUCCUGGUUCUCUUGAAGACCAAUAUCCUACGGAAGUGAAGAUAAAGUAUCCCAAGGCAGGUACACCGAACCCGGUAGUAUCUCUAUCGGUAAUCGAUUUAUUCGAUCCAUUGUCAAAAGCAGUUAUUUUGAAAGCGCCCAUUAAUGAGGUGACAAGUGACAACGUUCUAUACGUCGUGAGCUGGUGGAACAAAACACACGUAAUAGCGACAUGGACGAAUCGCGUGCAGAACCAAUCCCAGAUGACCAUGUACAGUAUACAAGGUGAUGCCAAAUUGGUUUUGUCCGACGAGGAGACUGAAGGCUGGCUUCAACCGAAUCGUCCUAUAAGAACUCGUGAUUACAUAUUGCUUUUACGACGGGAACCUUCUGGCACCAGCGCCGGCAGAUUCCGACAUAUAAACAGGUAUGAAUAUAAGGAUGGUCAGUUUAUUAUGCCAUUGGAUCUAACGCCCGGUCCCUCCGAAGUUCACACGAUCCUAGCAGCCGAUUCGCCCAGAGGCAAAGUUUACUAUCUCGCCACUGCGCCGGGUGAACCGUCGCAGAGGAAUUUGUAUUCGGUGCCUCUGGAUGGAAGCCAGAAACCGACUUGCAUAUCUUGCAAGUUGCUCACGCCGGAAGGAAACAGAUGCACUUACGCUACCGCAUCUUUUUCAAGACAAAGGUCGUACUACGCACUUACUUGUUCCGGGCCCGAUCCAAUUACAGUGACGAUUAAUGACAAUAAUCAUCAGCCAGUCUUGACCUGGAAUACUAAUAAGCUGGUGAGAAUACUUUUGUCACGACGAUUAAUGCCGCAACAAAGAAAUUUCAACAUUACCGUGAACGGUUAUGACUGCAAAGUCAGGUUGCUCUUGCCGCCAGAUUUCGACGAAAGCAAGUCAUACCCCUUGAUGCUAUUCGUCUACGCUGGUCCAAACACAGUCAGAAUCAUUGAUGAAGCCAGGUAUGGAUACGAGCAUUAUCUGACGACCAACCGAAGCAUAGUUCAUGCGUCGAUCGAUGUAAGAGGAUCGGCCUUUAAAGGCAGUAACAUGCUCUUUGAAAUAUACCGGAAGUUGGGUACCGUAGAAAUUGAAGAUACUAUCGCCGUCACCGAAAUUUUGCAGAAACAGUAUAGUUGGAUCGACGCGAACAGGACCGGUAUAUGGGGCUGGAGCUACGGUGGUUUUACUACUGGUAUGGUGAUGAUCCAAGAUACCAACUCUGUCUUCAAAUGCGGCAUAUCCAUCGCGCCCGUAUCUUCCUGGAUUUAUUACGAUUCCAUCUAUACGGAAAGAUUCAUGGGUCUGCCAACUCCAGAGGACAAUCUUGAUGGUUACAAUCGCACGGAUAUUUCACGACGAUCGGAAGGAAUGCGCGGCAAAAAGUACAUGCUGAUACAUGGUACCGAGGAUGACAACGUGCACUACCAGCAGGCGUUGGCGCUUGCCAAGUCGUUGGAGCAUAAUGACAUCCUGUUCGAACAGGUCACGUACACGGACGAAGCGCACUCUCUCGAAAACGUGGCCCCUCACCUUUAUCACACAAUGGACAAAUUUUGGGGCGAAUGCUUCGGGUGGGGAAGAGAUCACUGAUCAGACUCACUAAAGAAGAGAAUCGCCUUCACGGCCGCAAUCUCGUUUGCGCUGUACGUCAGGAACCGUAAUCUUAAAUAAUAUCGCAUAAAGGAAAUAUUACAGAUUUCUAAACUAAAUACUACAU